AUGGAUUUGAAUAAAAAUGAAGAUAAAAAUAAAAUAAAUUUGGGUGAAUUACAAGUUGAAUCUUCCUCUAAAGAGGAAGCAAUCAGAGUUUGCACUCGUAUAAGGCCUCUAUUUGAAAAAGAAGUUAAUAGGGGACACUUAAAAGCUUGGAAAAUGAAUAAAACGGAUAUGCAUUUAAUAAUUGAACCACCUUCUAUGACAGAAAUGUUAAAUGCACGAGAUCCAAGAAAAGGAAAUAAAAAGGAAGUUAAAAAGAAUGUGGAAAAAACAGAGGGGCAAAAAGCCGUUAUACAACGCUAUUAUGCUUUUGAUAGAUGUUUUGAUGAUUUUGUUGGUAAUGAAGAAGUGUAUAAACAUUUAGCAAGAGAUAUUAUCCUUGAUACAUUUAAGGGUAUAAAUGGCUGUAUUCUUGCAUAUGGUCAAACGGGAUCUGGAAAGACACAUAGUGUUAUGGGUGUUCCCGCUGAUCCAGGUAUGUUACCUAGAUCACUGGCAGAAUUUUUUAAUGGUAUUGAAAAUCCUUCAACAUUAAAUGAAGAUAAUAUAAGUGUCAAAAGUAAUGAUUCUGAUAAUAAUACAAAAGAAUUUUUAAUGAGUGUGACAUAUUUGGAGGUCUAUAUGGAACGAGUGAACGAUUUACUACAAGAGGGAUACAGAGGAGGAGCAGCUGAAAACUUAGAUGUAAAAGAGGAUCCAAAGAGAGGAUUUGUAGUAAUAGGAAUCCAUGAAGAAACUGUAACAUCAAUAGAUGAAGUCAUGCUUUUAGUUGCAAAGGCUGAACAGAGAAGGCAUAUUGCUCAAACAAACUUUAAUGAAACAUCUUCUAGAUCACACACAAUAUUUACAGUUAUUUUAGAAUCUAAUAAAGUAUUAAAUGAUGGUACUUCUAUUAAUAAAAGAGGUGAACUUAAAAUAGUAGAUCUAGCAGGAAAUGAAAGAGCUGGAAGGGCAUCUGAAGGAGUAGAAAAUGCGAAAACUGUGUUAGAAGAAGGAAAAGCAAUAAAUAAAAGUUUAUUUGUUUUAAGUGAAGUUAUUUCAAAGUUAUCGAAAAGGGCUCAAGCUAUAGCUACUGGUGAUGAAAAAAAGAUUAAAAAAAUUCAAGAAGAUUUAGUUUUUAUUCCAUGGAGAGAUUCUAAACUAACAAGAAUUUUAAGCAAAAGUUUAGGGGGAAAUUGUCGUGCAUCUGUUAUUGUUGCUGUACAUCCUUCUCAUUUAUAUCUGGAUACAUCUUUUUCUACCUUACGUUUUGCUUUAAAAUGCAAAACAAUAAAAAAAAAAAUAGAGGUAAAUUACUUAUCACCAGAACAAUCUGUUAUUAUGCAACAAAAAGAAUUAAUAGCUAAAUUACAAAAUCAAUUAAAGCAUUUAGCAACAUCCAAAAAUGUUGAUGCACAACUACUUGGGGGUGAUAAAAAGUACGUGAGUUCUAGAAGACCAGAAGAAGAUGAAAAAAUUUUGGCUUUAAAAAAUGAAUUAGAAGAAAAAGUUAAAAAGUUUCAGAAUUUUAUUUUAAAAUCAGAGUUUCACGUAAACUCAAACAAUUAUAGAACACUAAGAUCAAUUGAUGCAAACACUGAAAAAUCACUAAAAUAUUCAAUGACGAUUUCUCCUAAUAUGAAAAGUGAAUUUAACUGGCUAAGAUCGUUUGAUACACAUGAAUAUGAUGCUAAGUGGGAUGGAAUAGAAAAGUAUGAGGAUCAUAACGCUCAAGAAAAGUUCAGUAUAUCUAAAGCUAUGGAUUACCUAAAAAAUAAAUCUCCAUAUAAACUAAAUUCUUCGGAAAUUAGUGACGUUUUGUCAAAUGACUCUCAAAAAGAUGAUUCGAUUUCUUUGAAUUAUUAUAACGAAUUGGAUGAAUUAGAAAAAUUAGAAAAAAAUGAAUUAAAUAAAAGACAAAAAAAAGAAAAAGGAGACACAAAUAAUAAAAUAUCUAAUAAAGAAUAUGAUGAAUUAAGUAAGUUAAAUUUUAUGAAAAAUCCUCAUUUAAAUGAAAAUGAAGAAAUCGAAUUUAAAGGAAAAGAAUCUAGCAAAAUUAAAAAAAAAGUUAAAAAAAAUAAUAAUUUUGAUAAUAAAGAUGUUGUACCAUUUAAGAAAAAUGAUAAACUAAAAAUGAAAAAUAAAUCUACCAAAUUAAAAAAAAAAAAAAAUAAAAAAUAUAAGAAAGAAAUUCUUGACAAACAUACUAUGCAAAAAAGAAUAGAAGAAGAAACGGAUCAUGUGUCUUUAUCAACUUAUAAAGAUGAGGACAAUAUAGUAAAAGAAGUUGACAAAAACUUAUAUGAUACGAACUUUCCCGAAACUGAUUCUCCAAGCUUACCUCAACAGAAAGAACAAGAUAAUAAUAAAAAACGAACAUCUAUAAUUUCAAAUCUAAAAGAAAAAAUUGAAGAGGAUUUAAAAAAAAAAAAAAAAAUUAUUAGUAGAAAUGUUGAGCUAAAUAAACAAAUAAAAUUUAUUAUGAAGUUAAUGCAGAAGGUGGGUUUAUCUGCAAUUUUAACUGGGACAGUUCCUCCUGGUAGAAAUAUAGAAAAUGUUUUAAAAUUACAAGAAAGCUUGAAAGAUGAUCUAAAACUAUAUGAAAAUAAGAAAUCACUUGGAAUAUUAAAUGGAAAAACUAAUAACGAAGAUAUUUGCAAUGAUUAUUCUAAAAAUGACAAUGAUAUUGAAUCUUUAUUAAAUUAUACAUUGGAUGACGGAAAUGAAGCAGAAUACGCUGAAACUAUAUCACAUGUGUUUAUAAAUGAAAUGUUUUUUUCCUUUAUACUUAGAAUACAACAAAAAAAUUCUAAUGAUGAAUCUUUAAAAAACAUAGAAGAAUCACUGAAAAAUGAAGAUAAUUCUUAUGAUUUAUCAAAAAAAGCAUUAGAAGAUAUCUUAGGGUACUCAAUAGUAAAUAAGAUAGAUAAAAUUGAAGAAAUAAAUCCUAUAAAAAACAUAAAAGAUGAAAAAAAUAAAAAUGUAAUUGAUUCAAUUUUAAAUAUGCUUACUCCUUGGGAACAAAAAAUUUUAGCACUAUUAUAUGAACAACAAAAAAUGAGACAAAAUGUUCAAAAGAUGAAAGAAAAAUUUUCACAACGUAUUCAAAAUAUUAACAGUUUUAUCAAAAAAAUUUUAAUUGACAAGAUUGAAGUUGAAAAACACAUUAAUAGAGUUUUAAAAACAAUGGAAACGUAUAAAAAUGAUUUGAUAAAGACAUCUGAUGUUGAUUCCAAUUUUAAAUUUGCCGGUUUAAUGAAAAAACUUGAAGAAAUGUCCAUUUCAUUGGCAGAAAAGACUAGAGAUUUUAAUGUACUAGCAGAUUUUCAUUUAAAUUUAAGGAAAAUAGUUGAACAUAAGGAUAAUUUAAUUAAAGAAUUACAAGAAGAAAAUAGAUUAUUUUACCUUGUUCCAAAGUAUAAUGAAUUACUACAGGAUUUAAACGAACAAGAUAAUGAGCAAGCCAAGGAGUUAAAGAAGGAAUUUCUUUUAAUGUAUGGGCGUUUGAUGCUUGUUAAAAAAAAGCUGCAAGAAAAGGAAGUUAUAGAGAAUGAUAUGAGAAAUUUAAAUAUAAAAAUAUACACAGAGUUAGUAGAAUCAAUAUCUGUCAUAAAGAAUUUGGAAUCUCAAAAUAAAUUCUUAGAGUUUAAAUUAAAUAUGGAAAAUAAAAAAAAUAUGGAAAAAAUUAAAAAAUUAUUAAACGAAAAGCAAAAGCUUAACAAAGUAAUAAAUGAAAUGGAUAAAAUACUUGAAAAAGCAAAUAUAGAUACUAGUGACUUGAAAGAUGAAAUACUUGAAAAUUAUAAUGCUUCUAACACUAAUACGGAAUGUGAAGAUGAUGAAUAUGAAAAAGAACUAAAAGAAAAUGUAGAAAAGGGAAAAAAAAAAGCAAAAGAUGAAAAUUUAAAGAAAAAAAAGGAAUUAAAUGAAAAUGUUCAUAAAGAGAAAACUCAAAAAAAAAAAAAAAUUAAAAAAGUAGAUUUAAAUUUAAACAAGAAGAAAAAUACAAAAGUUCCUAUAGAAAAAAAUAAUUUAAAUGAUUUAAAUGAAGAUAACUUAAAUUCAAAUUUGUCCGAAAAGCAAAAAAAGUUAGUAACUAAUAAAAAAAAAAAAAUUCCUGAUAAUAUUAAAAAAAAAAAUAUAAAAAAGAAAAAAAAAAUGGACGGUCAUUUGGAGGGAGAUAAAAGUCUAAAUAAAUUAGACAUUGGUGUUAAAAAAAAAAAAAGAUUGAAAGAAAAAAAAAUAGAUCUAUUAGAAAAUUUAAAAAAAGAUAGCAAAAAGGAAAAUUUGGAAACUGUAUUAUCAGAAGGUUACGAAAAUCAAUUAGAACGUAAUGAUAUUUCUGCCACUGAUUAUGAAACUAAUGAAGUCCGUCAUAUAUUAAAUAUGGAAAUUGAAAAAAAAACUAGAUGA